AACUGCCACUCUGACUGUUACGAUUAUGGAGAUUGCUGCUCUGACCUAUCCAAUUUAGGCAAUUGCUCUAUUCCAGAGUGUGAUGAUGGUGCGGUUCGUCUGGUUGGUGGAGUGACCAACUCCACUGGGAGACUGGAGGUGUGUGCCAAUGGAUUGUGGGGCAGAGUCUGCAACAGAUUCCAGUAUUGGGGUCCAGACAACGCCAGAGUUGUGUGUCGUCAGUUGGGGUUUCCUACUGAAGAUGCGCGUGUUGUGGAAGGUGAACUUGCCCGUAUGUUUGGGGUAAGUGAGAGAGCUCCCCUCCUGGGAGAGGUCCACUGCAUUGGAAUGGAAACAGAGCUGUUGGAAUGCUCCCACACAAGUAUCGGACGGCAUUCCUGUGGCAUUACAGUUGUUCCUCCAGUCCCAGACAUUGUCAUUACUUGCUCCGAGAUUUGCCAGCCACCUUGUGUCAACGGAAUGUGCAAUAUAAACACUGGAAACUGUGACUGCUCUCCUGGAUAUACUGGUAUCUCCUGUGAUGAAGAUGUACGGGAGUGUGAAGCAGACAAUGGAGGUUGUGAUCACAUCUGCACUGACUUUCCUGGUGGCUACAACUGUUCAUGCAGAACUGGCUACAACACAUAUGGAACCUCUUGCAGAGACAUUGAUGAGUGUGGGGAUGGGAGCCAUAACUGCAGUCAGAUCUGUGUCAACACUCCUGGAUCAUACUACUGCAACUGUCAGCGCGGCUUUCAGCUAGUCAAUGGCACAGAGUGUGAAGAUGUGGACGAAUGUGAAGCGCUUUCUCCCAAUGGAUUCUGCAGUCAAGUGUGUGUUAACACUGAGGGAUCUUUCCACUGUAACUGUACGGACGGAUACCAACUCUUUCGGUCAUUCUUAUGCACAGAUAUUGAUGAGUGCAGUGAAGGGAUCGAUACAUGCAAUAGAAGUGGACCCACACCGGCUCGCUGUAUCAACACUGAAGGGAGCUACAGGUGUACAUGUGAAGAGUACGUUGGGUACCGUUUGUCUACCAGUGGUACCACUUGUGAAGAUGUGGAUGAAUGUGCUGAAGACCCAUCACUCUGUACAGAGACCUGUAUGAACACACCUGGUUCCUACAGCUGCACUUGCCAUGAAGGAUAUGAACUUGAUGUGGAUCAGAUAUCCUGCAGAGAUAUUGAUGAGUGCAAAAACACGAAUGGUGGCUGUCAGAUCUCCUGUACCAACACACCUGGCAGCUUCAGAUGUAGCUGUGACCACGGAUAUAGACUGUUGGAUGAUGGAUUACAGUGUGAAGCUCUCAGUUGUGAUCCAGUUCUUGAAGCUCCACUGAAUGGUGUGAUGGAGUGUGACAGACAGACAGUGGGUGGGACUUGCAGGUUCACCUGUAACGAGGGCUACACUCUGAGAGGCUCAGACAGUCGGACCUGUCUCCCCUCCCUCCAGUGGAGGGAACCUCCUGCCAUAUGUGACCCUCCAAUGUGCCCUCACCUCACUCCUCCUGACAAUGGAUUUGUGUUGUUCCUAUGUACAAGAGAGGAGGGCCAUCUGUGUCGUGUUGUGUGUGCCCAUGGCUACAGCUUAGUGGGUCCUAGCAAUCAGACAUGUAGAAAGGAUAACAUGGGCAGUCUUACAUGGAGUGAUGGACCACAGUGUGUGGUUGCACCCGCUAUUGAAGUUACCCCUGCCGAUAGAGAAGUUAUAUCUCCAAUAACAGCUAUGUUUUAUUGCGAGGUGUUUGGUGUGUUCCUUUCAAAUAUCACGUGGCAGAUGAAUGGGAAUGUCCUAGAGUCAGGGGGAGAUAUAGACAUUGAAAUAGACACAAGAGGCAAUCUGAGAAACAGCACAUUAACUAUUCAAAACACGGUACCAAGUGAUGCCGGAAACUACACGUGUCUGGCUGAAAAUGAUGCUGGAAGGGCUUCUGCAUCAGCUCAGCUGACCGUAAACUUUCCUCCAGCUAUAAUGGACCCACUAUUGGACUCAAACGUCACAGUAAAUGAAGGGAUGACUGCAGUGUUUUCAUGCGCUGCCACCGGCAUACCUGCUCCCACGUUAACCUGGAGAAGGAGCGGAUUCUCAAACUUCUCUGUAGACCCGCGGGUAUCACUGGGAGUGCCAACCUCUCCAGAGCCGCUGUCCACACCAGAUGGUACCGUCUAUUUCGUCAGCCGUCAGCUAAAUCUCUCAGACACGCGAGACUCUGACUCUGGAACAUACUAUUGUGAAGCUUCCAGUGGCGAGGAACAGAGCCUCAAUGUGGAAGUCUCUUUUCAAUUGAUUAUUAGAGUUGCACCAGUUAUAACAGCAGCUCCUGUGGACAUGGCAGAUCUUCAAGGGAGCACCGUAGUGUUAUCAUGUAAUGCCACAGGGAGACCACGACCUGACAUAACAUGGUGGGGAGAAGACGACAGCAGUGGGAACUUGACUCAAAUUACUGAUGUGACGGGGAAGACCCUAAUUGAUUCAGAGGUGAUUGGUGGAGAAAGGGGAUGGACAAGUAACCUGGCAGUAACGGACAUUCGACCUUCUGAUGCCGGUGUGUAUAUGUGUCGAGCUGACAAUGAUGCUGGACAAGCUGAAGCACUUGCAACACUCACCGUGCUCGUUGUUCCUGAGAUUGUUUUCCCACCUGAGGAUUAUGAGUAUACGACCAUUCAGUUUAUGGAAACUGUGUUUGAAUGCAAUGCCACUGGGAUCCCAGCUCCAACCAUUCAGUUCUUCCUCGAUGGCUCUCUUCUGGAGUCAAACGAAACCUUUUCCAUCCUGGAUCCGUGAACGAGGUCAUUGACGUCAGUGGUGAAGGCGACCUGGUGCAUUUGGUGACCAGAAGACUCAUCGUCAGUCCCACACUUGAUGGGGACUCCAACAACUACACUUGUGUGGCCACCAAUGAUAACGGAACUGAUUCAGUAGAGUUUGAAUUGAUUGUGUUUGUUGCUCCUGUAAUAGUGGGUAGGCCAGACUCCCAGAUAGUUUUGAAGGAUGAUCGGGUUGUACUGUCGUGUGUGUCUGAGGGGAGACCUCCUCCAGCCAUCACAUGGUUGAAGCAGUUGGUUCAAGUAGAGGAGAGUGAUAGAGUCAGCAUUGAUAUCGUGUUGCGAGGGGCACGUCAGGUUGCGAGCAAUCUCACAAUUGAGCCUGUGCAACCCCGUGACAGUGGGCAGUUCACAUGCAUGGCCUCCAACGUGGCGGGAAAUGAUUCACAGUCAGCUGAUCUUACGAUGCACGUUUUUUCUGAAGUCCAGUUCUUGGUUCCCUCGCCAUUGCUCACUGUGAACCAGUCAGAUUCAGCUACAUUCAUGUGCAAUACCACUGGUGUCCCAGCCCCUGUCAUUAACUGGUUCGUGGGAGACCAGAGGCUAAGUGAUGUCCUCCUCUCACGAGUUAACAUCACAGAGACUGAGGCUCGUGAAUACCCCACACCUAAUGGUGACGUGUUUGCAGUAACAAGUGUUCUAACUAUCGAACCAAUCAUGGGCAAUGACUCUGGUACAUACACAUGUAAUGCAUCGAACACAGUUGGUGCCUCAAUGAUGCCAGCUAGUGAUGAAGAAAGCACUGAAUUAUAUGUCCAAGUUCCCCCAGUUGUUGUCGCUAUUGUGGAAGAAGUGAUUGGAAAUGAAAAUGAAAGUUCAACACUUCAGUUCAGGAUUGACAAUGCUGAACCUGUGGUCGAGCUGAGUGGACUGAGGUGGUUUUAUUCUGCCGAGUUAUCUCAAUCAGCCACCAUGGAGGAUAUUACUAAUAGCACCAACAGAGGAUCCCAACUCAUCACCUCAUUCAGUAGCGAUGGAAGGUUCUUCAACCUAACAAUUGUCAACAUCCAACAGCAUCGCCAGGAGGGAGAGGAGACAGACCAAGGACGAUACUUCCUGCAGGCCACCAACCCUGCCGGAACAAGCUUGGCAUAUGUGGACUUUGAUGUGUAUGAGCUACCAGAAGUCAGUAUUGAUGGGGUUGACCCUGCUGUUACUGGAGAUAAUGUCAUGCUCACCUGUACUGCUACUGGAGACACUCCACUGGUCUACCACUGGACCAUGGAGGGCAGUACAACUGUCCUUAACUCUGACAACACCACUGGAACUUUGGAACUGGCAGAUAUUCAAGAGAAUCAGUUUAGGACGUAUGUAUGUACAGUGACCAAUGAUCUGGGGAUGGCUACAAGUGAAGUGAUUCUCGAACAAGCAGUGGCUCCAACUGCUGGCAAUAACGCAACACUCACAUUCAGUGUUGGAGAUGAUCUAGUUUUGAUGGCAGUGUUUUCAGACUUCAAUCUGGAGCUGGAUAGUAUAGUAUGGACCCAGAAUUCCUCCAUAUCACUGAUGGAUGGAGUCACCAUAUCAAACACUGCUCUGAGUCCACCAAGUGCUAGCUCCACACUGACCAGACCUCGCAUCACUGGAGUCUCCUACGGAGGAACAUACACUGCCACUGCCAGCAACAGGGCUGGAUCUAGUUCAACUACGUUCACUGUCCAUAUUAUUAUUAUGCGGGUACAAUUUCAACUUCGACUUGUGGGUUUGUCUGACUGCUUGCAAUGGAGAGAGAUACAACCAAAUGAAAAGAAGGAAGCAGUGAUCACAGGUGUAACAAGAGCAGUGAAUGAGCUCUGUCAGUGUGGCUUUUCCCGUGACUCAUUCAAUGAAAUUGAGGUCACAGCUGGUUUUCAGUGUUUUGAGGCUUCUCCCACUGCAGUUACCUUUCGUGCUGAGAUAAUGGAUAUCGCAAAAGCAAACAUCUCGCAGCUGAUAGGCUACAUGGAGCAGUGGGUGACCUCUCAGCCUACUAUUGUGGUCCUCGGUUCAAGACUAAGUAUUGAUAGCGACUGUGAGAUUGAGAUUGACAGCUUCAGUGAGCCUGAGUGUUUGGAUGCAGAUCGUGAGACUCCUCCAGAGAGAGUUGAUGGUAACAGGAUUGGGUACAUUAUUGGAGGAAUCUUAGGUGGCGGUCUUUUGGUUUUGUUAGUAGUAUUACUAUUGGUAGUUGUACUUUUUUUAAGGAACCACAGAAAAGCAUCUUACAAAGUUGAAACUGACUCUGUCUACGAGACUAUACCUGACUCUCCUCCGAUUGUUGCAAUGGAAUUGACCAAUAUUUCUGCAUCCCGACAUCUGCCUGGCAGUCAAAUCAGCCCUACGUCCAUUCCGACAGGGGAGAAUCCAUCUUAUGCUAUUCACAUUGGUACACUGGAUAAUCCAGCCUACAUUAGACAGAGGGGCACCGUGGAUGGUCCAACCUAUGUUAAUCUACAAUCCAAGAAACAUUAACACAGGUGCACAGCCACCUACAGCUAUAACAAUACAGCCACAGAACCACUGUAAACACUUUAAUGAUAACACUGAGGCAUGCUUCUCAGCUGCAGUCAAAAUAUACAAGUGGAAAAUCAUUUCUUCAAAAUGAAGGGGAUAUGGGGGAUGGCUUGAAGCACCAAAAAGGAAG